CGCCGCGGCGUGCUCGUCCGCGUGCACGCGCCGUGCGGACAGGCUGCUCUGGGGCUGGCCGGACCGUGGCAGCGCCGCGGGAAUUUUCCACAGAGGCGUCGCGCUUCCUCUCACUCGUUUCUUUUAGGAAAGGAAACGACAUCUCAUCUCAUCUGUAAAUAAAAGAAAAAAAUACAAAACGACAGCCAACAGAACAAAUCAUUCCUGUUUAUACCCCCCCCCCCUCCUCUCUCUGUGAAACCGAGAGCAGGCCAACAUCACACAGGAGGAGGAGGAGCAGGAGCAGGCGACGACGGCUCCAACAUGUCGCAGUUCGUCGAUCAUUUCUGGGGGGAAAAGAACAAUGGUUUUGAUGUCCUUUAUCAUAAUAUGAAACAUGGUCAAACAUCGACAAAAGAUUUGGCAGACUUCAUAAGAGAAAGUGUAACAAUAGAAGAUAUUUAUUCAAGGUCUAUGACCAAAUUAGCCAAAACAACAAGUAACUACAGUCAGCUGGGAACAUUUGCACCAGUAUGGGAUGUUUUAAAAUUGUCAACUGAGAAACUAGCCAGUAGCCAUUUAGAUCUAGUACGAAAACUGCAAGAAUUAAUUAAAGAAGUACAGAAGUAUGGAGAUGAACAGACCAAGGCACACAAAAAGACAAAAGAAGAAGUGGCAGGAACCUUGGAUGCUGUACAGAACAUCCAGAGCAUCACUCAGUCCCUGCAGAAAUCAAAAGAAAACUACAGUGUCAAGUGUGUAGAAUAUGAAAGAUUAAAAAAGGAAGGAGCAACACAGAAAGAAAUAGAAAAAGCAGUUGUGAAAUCUAAAAAAGCUACAGAAACUUAUAAAUUGUAUGUGGAAAAAUAUGCUGCAGCCAGAACAGAUUUUGAGCAGAAAAUGACAGAAACAGCUCGGAAAUUUCAGGAAAUUGAAGAAGCUCAUCUUAGGCACAUGAAAGAAAUAUUGAGUUCUUUUGCACAAUCAAUAGAAGAGACUCACAUACAGAUUGGUCAGGUGCAUGAUGAGUUAGUACAGAACAUGGAGAGCACUACAGUUGAGAGCUUAAUACAAAAGUUUGCUGAAACAAAAGGCACUGGCAAAGAAAGACCUGGUCCUGUUGAAUUUGAAGAAUGUAAUGUAACCAAUGCUCUAGAAGGGGUGAAAAAGUCAAAAAGAAAACCUUUUGGGAUACCAGGACGGAUAAAAAAAGAAAAAGAUGCAGAUUCAAUGGAAUCUCCAGAUGCUGAUUCAGUUAAUAUUCCAGAGGUGGAUGAAGAGGGUUACUGUAUCAAGCCAGAAGUGAACCAAAUCAAUGCCAAAGAAAACAAUUUCUACUCAUCAAGUGAUUCAGGCUCAGAGGAUGAGGAACCCAGGAAGUUCCAUGUGCAAAUAAAACCUGUUCAACCAAAUAAUGGUACUAACCACACAUUGGAAGAACUGAAAGCAUCCAUUGGGAAUAUUACACUUUCUCCCUCCCCAUCUAGGCAUAGCCCGAAUGCAAUGAAAAGAAAUUCAUCUAGUGAAGAGCUGGUUCGGCCAAGAUCAUGUGUUCCAUCACCAGACUCCAGAAGGGUCAAUAAUGACCUGUUUUCACUGGAUCCGUUGUUUGGACCUCCACUUGAUUCCUCGUCUUCAUCCACAUCAACAACUUCAUCAGUCAGUAACACUUCUGAGGUACACACACUGCUUGCUUCAGCUGAAUUAACAUGGCAUGAAGGGAGCUCAACUUUCUCAAGUCCUAUUUCACCAUGGGGUGUAGAAUAUGAGGCCUCAGUGAAGCAUCAGCCAAGCUGUGAGUCUAAGAGUACUAGUCCUGGCUCAGGUUUUAGUGUAGCAGCAAGUUUAGAAACCUUAAAUGGUCCUUCUGAUAUUCCUACUUCACGAACCAAGUGGAUUUCAUUUACUGAUGAACUAAAUCCAAGAAAACCUUUAAACUCAGAGUUGAAACAAACAGCACAAACUAGAACUUCACCAAACUCCAAUCCUCCUGUGGCCUCUUUUCAGUUGUCGUCUUCCAGCAGCAUUUUUGAUGACCAAAGUGACCUUCAGGGUGAUUUUACAGGCGACAAGAAAAUAUGCGUGGAAGAGAAUAAAACUGGAUCUGAAGGAUUCUGUUUUCCUGCAGCUCAGCCAGUGGAUGUUAGUUUAACAGCUAUGGUUACUCACUUAAAUGAUGUCUCACCCCCAGCAAGACCUACCACCCCACUUAAUACAAGUAUGAUUGUGCCACCACCUCGUCCCACUUCUAGACCAAAGCUUUCGGCGGGAAAACUGGGUGGAAUUAAUGAAAUAGAUCAUCUGUUCUACAAAGUCCAGUCUAGAUCAUUCAGUCCUACGUCAAUGUCAUCUGCCAGUCCACCUCCUGUAGCCCCACUGGCACGUGCAGAAAGUACAUCCUCAAUUGGGUCCUCUGCUUCACUGAGUACAGCAACAACACCUACCAUUGGAUCAACAGUUUUACAAAUCCAGCUUCAGCUAAGAACCCAUCAGAUCUGCCCAAACAAACUGAUAAAGAUUUUUUCCAAGCCAUGGGCAUUUUUCUACUGGAAAGAAAAAGAAAGUCCGUGCACUUAUGGUGAUAUAUUUACUGGAAAACUUUCUUCAUUUGAGAGGCACAGUGAAACACCUCCAGGCACUUCUCGUGGACCCAGUCCGAUAAGUCUUGGGACACAAGAUUCCUUACCAGUUGCAACUGCUUUCACAGAGUCAGUUAAUGCUUAUUUCAAGGGAGCAGACCCAUCAAAAUGCAUAGUCAAAAUCACUGGUGAUAUGACCAUGUCGUUUCCAAGUGGAAUAAUUAAAGUUUUUACCAGCAAUCCAUCACCUGCAGUGCUUAGCUUCCGAAUACGGAAUACCAGCAAAUUUGAACAAAUCCUCCCAAAUGCACAGCUUGUAUAUAGUGAUCCAUCACAGAAUGAUUCAAACUCAAAGGACUUUUGGAUGAACAUGCAAACUCUCACUGCCUACCUCAAAAAACUGGCUGAACAGAACCCAUCUUCCUCCUAUUAUAAUGUGGAUAUCCUGAAAUAUCAGGUAUCUUCCAAUGGUAUCCAAUCAACACCACUAAACCUAGCUACAUACUGGAAAUGCAGUCUUACCACUACUGACAUUCGAGUGGACUACAAAUACAACCCAGAAGCUAUGGUUUCUCCUUCUGUGCUAUCAAAUGUCCAGAUUUUGAUGCCAGUAGAUGGUGGAGUUACUGGCAUGCAGUCACUGCCUACAGCUGUUUGGAAUGCAGAACAGAAGAAGGCCUUAUGGAAGCUGUCUGAAAUUUCGGAGAAAUCUGAAAAUGGAGGUUCUGGAUCCCUCAGAGCAAAAUUUGACGUGUCAGAAGGUCCAACCAAGCCGUCAACUCUUGCAGUCCAAUUUCUCAGUGAAGGAUCCACACUAUCAGGAGCAGAUGUAGAGCUUGUAGGCACUGGUUAUAGACUUUCUUUAAUAAAGAAGAGAUUUGCUACAGGCCGAUACAUGGCAGAUUGUUGACAGUUCCAUCAGCACAUUGAAUCUCGGUGAAGGACAAGUUGACUGUCAGGUGUUUAUUUUGGUGGUACAUUUGUACUUGCCUUCCAGCUACAAUUAGUACUGCAUUCAGGAGUACAAGAUGGACAAGAAGAGUAUUUUCAAGGAUAUGAAAACUUCAAAAAUUUAAAUUCUGCCUUUGCCUGUUUUGGUCAUUGGAUUAUAAGGAAAAUCCAUACUACACAAUUUAAACAUGCACUUUCUUUUAGAAAAAAAAGUCAUUUUGGGGAGAAUAAGUUGUAUUUUUAUUACAUUAAAUUAGCACUGAUGUGAUUUUCAACACUGUUUAAUUUUUUGAAACCUGCAAUAUUCAGGAAGUAUAAAGUAAAUGUCUUUGAAUACAUGAUUUUAUUUAGACUUUAAUGAAGAGCAACAAGUGAUCAGUAGUUAUGCUGAAAAUGUAAAAAUGUAUAAUGUAUAUCAAACACACAUAAAUAUAUAUAAUAGAAGAACCAGCAUUAACCAUUUGCCUUCACUGUGCUUCUAUUGUGUAAACAUAUAUAAUUUUACAAAUUACCAAGUUUAGCUGAUUGUAAGGUUUGCUCUUGCAACAAAAAAAAUUUAAAUCAAUGACAAAUCUAUAAGUUGCAGAAAUUUAUAUAGGUGAAUAUGAACUGUUCUACAACUUUUCUGAUUCAAUGUUGUAUUCUUGUGCCAUACAAGGAGGUACUUUUCUGAGGGGGGGUACCAUGUACGUCAUAAACUAACAUAACGCAAAGUUUUGGUCAUGAUUGUAACUGGAGAAUAUUUGAAUGAUGGUGAGUUGUAGUGCUUGUUACAGAACUCUUAAGGACUCUGAACUCUUACCCCGAAGCAAGGAUUGUUGGGAGUUGGUAGGAUGAAAAAUCAUCUGAAACUAUACUAUUGGCAAGUAAAUUUCAUAGUCUUCAGAUUAAUUCUGGAACAUUGCUGCAGACCAUUAAAUUAUUUGUGUAUUUGGAUUGUUAGUGCACAUCCAAUUGUCAAUUUGUGGGUUAUUAAUUUUAAGUUUUUAUACACAUGCAGAUAUAAUAAAACCAAGUUAUUAUACCAAUGAUCAUUGCAAAAAACUUUCAAAUUUGCGAAAAGGCCCACAAUGUCACAAGCAGUACAAUAAAAGAGUUCAGAACAAACUGCCAGUUCAUUGCAAGGUGAAGAAUACUGAAUUGUUUUUAUUUACAGUGCAAUUAAUGAAUAUAUUUCUGUACAAUUGAAUUAUCACUAAUCCCUAUAAAAUUGGCUACCAAUCAUUUGGGACCUAUUGCCAUUACUGCUUUAUCCACUCAGUGCGUCCUCUUACUGUGGGCUUCCUGUUGUCAAUAUAGAUGCACUAAACCAACUGUCUAUAGUUGAGAAUAUUUUGUGAAGACUGAGAAUGUAGGUGCUGGUCUACAGUUACACAUAUUUUUGUUGUCCAAAAGAUAGCAGCAUUUUUAAAAAAUUAUCGUAGGGGUGGUAUUCCAGUACUUUUUUGAACUGGGAGUGCCUGGAUUUAUCUGUCCUUUUUUAAGUGUACUUGUGUUACUUCAGAAAUUAAAUAAAUGUCAUCUGGUAUUUCGCCAGGUUAUCUUGUUGAGCAAAACUGGAAGUGUUUUUAUAUCUUGCAGAGUUUCAGGUCAAUUUAUUAUUUUGCCUAAUUGUAUAUACACACACAGAUAAAAGCCCUUUAAAAACCCCAACACACAAUGUACUGAAGCUAAGGUUCACGUGCCAGCAUUGAGACUUAUUUUAUGGAAGUUUGUUUUUCAAAACAAAAAGUGCCUUUAUGUCAAAUUAUUGUGCCACUAGGUUUUUUCAAUGAAAAUCUAUUAAGCUAAUUAUUCUUAUGUAUGAAUAUUUCAAAAAUUUGUAUGUAAAUAUGCUAUAAUCCUUAAAUACUUUUGUAUUUGGACUUGGAAGGGAAAUGAAUGAGAUAAAACUGGAGUCUGUGGUAAACAGUGUAUUUCAAAAAUGUUAUUUCUUUUGAUGGGCUAUUUGCAAUAAACUGUAGCCAUUGUAUUGGGAAACAUAA